CCCCAGUGGCCGCUAUGUCACACGACACGUGUUCACUUCCGGUAAAGCUACAGGGUGGGAAGGCGGAAGCAGCGUCUGGGGGUGCACGGAUAUUUGUCUUGCUGAGCAGUUGGAUUGAUAUCUUUCAUUCAACAUGCCGGCGUAUCAUUCAAGCUUGAUGAUCCCCGAUACAAGGCUAGUGGGGAACAUGGCCUUGCUCCCCGUUAAAACUCAAUUUAAAGGACCAGCCAGAGGAGACGGGCUAGAUUCUGAUAUUAUUGAAGAAGCGAUCUACUACUUCAAAGCCAACGUCUUCUUUAAGAAUUAUGAAAUCAAGAAUGAGGCAGACAGGACCCUGAUCUACAUCACACUCUACAUUUCUGAGUGUCUGAAGAAGCUACAGAAGUGCAGCUCCAGGAAUCAAGGAGAGAAGGAGAUGUACACUCUAGGCAUCACAAAUUUCCCCAUCCCUGGAGAGCCUGGCUUCCCUCUUAAUGCCAUGUAUGUGAAGCCCUCAAACAAGCAGGAGGAAGAGACCAUGAGGGCGUAUCUGCAGCAGCUCCGUCAGGAGACCGGCUUAAGGCUAUGUGAGCGUGUGUUUGACCCCCAGACAGACAAACCCAGCAAGUGGUGGCUGUGCUUUGUCAAGAAGCAGUUCAUGAACAAAAGCCUGUCUGCUCCUGGACAGUGAAGCUGGAGCAGCCCAGAUUAUUUUUGUUCUCCUGGUGGAUGGAUAUAAGAGAGAAAUAAUCUGCUUUUCUCUCAAGAUUUUAUACUGUUUAAGUUCAAAUAUAUGUCUUCACUUGUUUGGAUUUCAGUUGUAUUAAGCUGGUGCUUAGUUCAAUAAAAUAUUACAAAGAUCCCAAAAAA